AUGACAAAACUUUGGAGUGAGGAUAUUGAACAUCCAUGUAUUACUCGCUACAGCCGCAAUGGCAUACCAUAUCAAGUGAGCCAUGAGAGAUAUAACCAAUCCAAUGGUGAAAGAAUGAGAAACGGCAUCCGAGGUUAUUCGAUGUCGGCCCACGAGACUCACCCGAAUGAUCAAGAUCAAGAGGACGGCCAGAAGCCACAGCAGCGCCGGAGGAUACCUGUCGCUUGUGGGCGCUGUCGAAAACGCAAGAUCAAAUGCAGCGGUCCCCAAGGAAAUGAUGGCUGCCAUAACUGUAAAUUAGCAGGCACCAACGACCACUGCCAGUUCAAUAGAGUUCAGUCAGAGGAGUUGCCAUUCGUCAAGGACAGUUUCAAUUACGACUCUUCCGCCGCCCUUCGCACUCUUCAUCGGGGCAGAGAUCUCCCUUGCUACAUAGCACCAUACGGGACCCCUUCAAUGGGGAACACUCUUGGCAGCCAGCAGUCGUAUAGACAGCUGCCCCUCAAUGAUUAUCAGUAUCCAACCAAGGCUGCCUAUUACACGCCUCCAUACGGGAUCGAUUACACCGAUGAUGGCGUCGAUUAUAAUAUCAUGCCGCAUAAUUUCCAACAGUUAAACCAGGACCAAAUCGGCCUUCAAUACGCGCCAAACCCGCCAGCUAGGCCGUGGACACCGGCUCCAGGAUUGAAAGCAGCUGUAAACGCUGCGUGCUACGAUCCGGACCCGUCUUGUGCCUAUACUUCAGCACCUCCCCUGCUGUACAACCACGGCGCGAGUUAUGCAUCCCGCUCCAGCAUCAGCACGGAAUCAAGCAACUUCUCCUUCCAAAGUAUGGCAAACUCACUUCCAGCGGCAUCUGCUCUGACAAGCAAUGAACGAAUGCUUCCCAGGCCUGCACGUCCUUUGACCCGUACAUCCGAUGGGGUUGUAUACAGCAGCGCCUUGGCCCCAAAUUCUGGUUCUGGAAUCAAGAUCAUGGACAGCGAAACUCCUCUCUCAGUAUCUUCGGACGGAACAUCUCAUUCAUACUCUUCUACCGACAACACUGGCGAGCAAGAUUUAUAUGUCAGCACCUCCAAUGGCUGGACAAACACUCAAGGCCAUCAGCCAUCAUUGCGCACCCAAACCUCACAAGCAGAACUUUUCAGUUACGGCACCAGCAGCGACAACUUGCCCAUCCGUAAGCUGCAAAUGGACACUGGAGGAACACUGUGUGAUGGGAACGUAUACGUGCCGUUCACAAGCUCAAGCUCAGGCCAUGCGGACCAUCUCCACGAGACCUCCCUCCACCGAGAAGCCAUCAGCAAUGUGGUUGCAUGAGCCUGUCAUUGUGGCGCUGCAAUUUCCGGCAAGGCUUCUUCUUGCCUUCUAAUAUCACGCGCUUUUCAUUUAUCGUCAUGUUCUUCAGCAGUUUCCCAAAAUAUUUUAUUGUGUUGUCAUUAUGCAUGGAGUGCUUUCGUUUGUUUGCUUCCCAACAAGCAAACAGGUUUGCUUUUUUUCCAACCUCAUUUCACGGAUAGACAAAAAAAAAUCACUAGGGUAAUUCAUCACACCCACGAUAGCCCU